UGACUAACUGAUUCUGAUUGCCAUUGGUGCAGCACCGGGACUCAUCCUUGUUGUGUGCAAAUAGCUGCUGGGAUCCAUCAUGUCUGUGUGUGCUCUGACCCUGCUCUUGGGCUGCCUCCUGCUCUUCCUGGGGGACAUCUCCAAACCAGUAGAGGGGUGCACAUGUGCCCCCAGCCACCCACAGGACGCCUUCUGCAACUCUGAUAUAGUCAUUCGGGCUAAGGUGGUGGGCAAGAAACUGAUGAAGGACGGGCCCUUCGGAACCAUGCGCUACACGGUCAAGCAGAUGAAGAUGUACCGUGGCUUUAAUAAGAUGCCCCAAGUCCAGUACAUCUACACCGAGGCCUCGGAGAGCCUGUGCGGCGUGAAGCUGGAGGUCAACAAAUAUCAGUAUCUGAUAACAGGUCGUGUAUAUGAAGGGAAGGUGUACACCGGGCUGUGUAAUUUAAUAGAGAGGUGGGAGAAGCUGACCUUCGCCCAACGGAAAGGACUGAAUCACCGAUACCCUCUUGGUUGCACCUGUAAGAUCAAACCUUGCUACUACCUUCCCUGUUUCAUCACCUCCAAGAACGAGUGCCUCUGGACAGACAUGCUCUCCAACUUCGGCUACCCUGGCUACCAGUCCAAGAACUAUGCCUGCAUCAAGCAGAAGGAAGGCUACUGCAGCUGGUACAGAGGAUGGGCGCCCCCAGACAAAACCACAAUAAACACCACAGACCCCUGAGCCUGACCUCUGCCUGGGCCCAGAAGCUGCAAUGGACAGUAAUUCCCUGAUCCGAUAAUAAAGGCAAAGAAAUUACGGCUAAUUUCUUGCAAAAAAAACCUAGCACUUGGAACACUUAUCGUUUGCCAUCGUAUUGAAAAGCAUAUUUUGUAAUCACUUUUUUUUUUUGUUUAAAAUCACCCAUUUCAGCCAGAUGUGAGCAGAAUGUUCUUUGUAGGGUCUGGUUCAGUUUUUUGCAUUUUUUUCUUUCUCUUUAUAUAUUGAAGAGCGCUCAGAUAUUGGGCCGUAUCAAACUCUUUAUCAGCAGCCUUUUCUACUUGUUGUUGAGGGGUAAGGAGAAGACACAGAGCAGUGUAGGUUUUGUGGUUGUCAAAGUCUCUGGCUGUGAAUUUGCUCUACCCUGUUUAUUUCCUUGCAGUUCCACUCCGCUGCCACAAGAGGUGCUGUAUCAUGGUUGGGAAAAGGAUAUAAAAGAAUGAAAAGUGCAUUGAAAGAGUCAAACUCCUACUAUAAACCACUAUAUGUAACAUUGUACAACUGGCGGGGGCUCACCCCCAUAGGAAAGGGAAGCUAAAAUAUACAAACUAUUAUGUGAUAAUGUGAAAAUGCUGAUAUUGCACCAUUUUACCCUCCUUAUGGGGGUGUUUAGUCCAGCGUAGGCCAAUUAUUAAGUUCAAUGGGCAACAAAAGGUCAUUAUUUUUGCACUAAUGGUUUUAACUGAAACUGCCGAUUCUAUCACCCCCCCCCCCCCCCCACGGCACCAAGGCAGUAACUGUGCCAGGGGGGUAAGUAUAUGGAACUAAUGCCUUGCAGGUCAGUGGCAAACCUUUUAGCUAUUAAAGGGGGCAGUUUACCUCCAAGAUGUAAUGGGUUCUGCCUAGAAAGGGGAAAGACGUUUUGUAAGUGGCUCCCUCUUGUGGCAAGAGAUAGUAACUGAGAGGAAUAACCCUGCUCUGGUGGCCUGGGGUGCGGAUAGUUUUAGAAUUCUAUUUUCAUGGGACAAGUCAUUAUUUUGAUGGCGGUGGAUUCUGGGAAUUUACCCAAACUGGUCAACUUCAUAUUUUUAAAUUCAUAUUGACGCGCAGUAGCACCUCCAGGCCACUAGAGACACUAAUCGUAAUCUGUAUAAAGGGAUAUUGUCGUCCCCAUUUUAUAGCCCCGUUGUUUUAAAUGCACCUUUAAUACAUCUUGUACCUCUUUUUCUUUUUGGCAUAUUUCAUAUAUUUAUACAGUGGUUUACUAUGCCAUGAAUCAUUUGUUUGUCUUUAAAGGGGUUUUAUUCAUUUCUUUCCA